CCCCCCCAAACCCUAACACUCCCCUUCUUCUUCUUCACUCCCAGACCCAGAUCUCUUCCCCACCGCCGCCGCCACCGGCCCCAAAUCUCCAAAUCCCCCAACCGGCCGCCAUGAGGGAGAUCCUCCACAUCCAGGGCGGCCAGUGCGGCAACCAGAUCGGGGCCAAGUUCUGGGAGGUGGUGUGCGCCGAGCACGGCAUCGACGCCACCGGCCGCUAUGGCGGCGACUCCGACCUCCAGCUCGAGCGCGUCAACGUCUACUACAACGAGGCCUCCUGCGGCCGCUUCGUGCCCCGCGCCGUCCUCAUGGACCUGGAGCCCGGCACCAUGGACUCCGUCCGCUCGGGGCCCUACGGCCACAUCUUCCGCCCCGACAACUUCGUCUUCGGCCAGUCCGGAGCAGGCAACAACUGGGCCAAGGGCCACUACACCGAGGGAGCCGAGCUCAUCGACUCCGUGCUCGACGUCGUGCGAAAGGAGGCCGAGAACUGCGACUGCCUGCAAGGCUUCCAGGUGUGCCACUCCCUCGGCGGCGGCACCGGGUCCGGCAUGGGCACGCUCCUCAUCUCCAAGAUCCGCGAGGAGUACCCCGACCGGAUGAUGCUCACCUUCUCCGUCUUCCCCUCGCCCAAGGUCUCCGACACCGUGGUGGAGCCCUACAACGCCACGCUGUCCGUGCACCAGCUCGUGGAGAACGCGGACGAGUGCAUGGUGCUCGACAACGAGGCGCUCUACGACAUCUGCUUCCGCACGCUCAAGCUCACCACCCCGAGCUUCGGCGACCUCAACCACCUCAUCUCCGCCACCAUGAGCGGCGUCACCUGCUGCCUCCGCUUCCCGGGCCAGCUCAACUCCGACCUCCGCAAGCUGGCCGUCAACCUCAUCCCGUUCCCGCGCCUGCACUUCUUCAUGGUCGGCUUCGCGCCGCUCACCUCCCGGGGCUCCCAGCAGUACCGCGCCCUGACGGUCCCGGAGCUCACCCAGCAGAUGUGGGACGCCAAGAACAUGAUGUGCGCCGCCGACCCGCGCCACGGUCGCUACCUCACGGCGUCCGCCAUGUUCCGCGGCAAGAUGAGCACCAAGGAGGUGGACGAGCAGAUGCUCAACGUGCAGAACAAGAACUCCUCCUACUUCGUGGAGUGGAUCCCCAACAACGUCAAGUCCACCGUGUGUGACAUCCCGCCCACGGGCCUCAAGAUGGCCUCCACCUUCAUCGGCAACUCCACCUCCAUCCAGGAGAUGUUCCGCCGCGUCAGCGAGCAGUUCACCGCCAUGUUCCGCAGGAAGGCCUUCUUGCACUGGUACACGGGGGAGGGCAUGGAUGAGAUGGAGUUCACCGAGGCCGAGAGCAACAUGAACGACCUCGUCUCCGAGUACCAGCAGUACCAGGACGCCACCGCCGACGAGGAGGGCGAGUACGAGGACGAAGAGGAAGGAGACCUCCAGGACUAGAUGCCUCCCUCAUCGUUUGCCGUGCUGGUGCUUCAGUCAUCAAAAACUAAUCAUUUGCCUGCCGUGCUUCAUCUAAAUUAUUCAUCUUGCCGUUCUUAGUGUGGGUCAAUCAUCAAAUACUUAGUGUCGUGGUUGGAGUUAAUUAUUAGUCCUAGUAGUAGCUGCCGGGUACUUGUUCCGUUUGUGGCACAACACAAGGGAAUAGGAAUUGCAAUACCCUGUUGCUUUGCUUGUUUCUGUUACUGUAUGUUAGUUAUUCAGUGUCAUGUGUCUGACUGUCUUGAGUCUGACCAUUUAUUGGUAUCGUUAUUAUGUUAACCUAAGGGAAUCCAGACUUGCUUGUUAUGAAAUUCUGAAUUGUACUGCUCCUGUAAUCCAAUUCGGCUGUGCCUGUGA